GCCAAAAUCUGCUGGGGCGAGUUUUAUUGUUCUCUCUCUAAUCCAUUCCAUCGCUCGCGUAAAAGUUGACGAAACUCUCUAAAGGAGGCGCUUUAUCUUCGCCGUCGGCGAGGCUAUUUCAUUUGCUGGAGAGGAUGAACGAAGUUAGUGAUCAAAAGGCAAAGCCUGAUGGAGAUGAAAAGCAUUUCUUUGAAGGAUCUGCUGCUCGAACAAGGGCUACAAGCGUUGAGGAGAUUAUGCUAAGGAGGAAGAGGAAAGAGUCCUUGGAAAAUUUAGGAGCUGCUCAGUUACUGGGUAACGAUCUUGUUCAGAAGGCUUCUGACGAUCAUGAGCCUGGAAAAGGGUAUGAUGAAUCCAAGGAAGUGAGUCGUGAAGAAGGAGUUGAGAACAGUUUAAGAAAGAAAGAAGAUGCCAUUUCUAAUUCCAGGGAGGAAAGACAAGAUAAAUCGAGCGAAGAAGACCAGGUGGGAGCUGUUCAGUUAGUCGGCAACAAUGUUGUUGAGAAGGUUUCUGACUAUCACGAAUCUGAAAAAGGGAAUGAUAGAUCAGAGAAACCGAGGCAUGGAGAGCUUGUUAAUGACAGUUCAAGAAAUAAAGAAGAGGCCAUUUCUAGUUCUAAAUAUGAAAAAUUAGAUAAAGAGGGCACUGUUGGAGCAGCUACGCUACUGGGUAACGAUCUUGGUGAGAAGGUUUCUGACGAUCAUGCCUCUGAAAAAGGGAAUGAUAAGUCCAAGAAAGUAAGGCAUAAAGAUCGUGGCAAGGACAGCUCAAGAAAGAAAGAAGAUGCCACUUCUAGUUCUAAGAAUGAAGGACCAGAUAAACCGAGGAAAGAUGACCAUGUUGAAGCAGCUCAGUUACUGGGUAAUGAUCUUGUUGAGAAGGUUUCGGACUGUCGUGCGUCUGACAAAGAGCUUGAAAAAUCCAAGAAAGUGAGUUGUGAAAGUGUUAAGGACAGCUCAAGAAAGAAAGAAGGAGCUACUUCUAGAUCUAGGGAAGAAAGACUAGAUAAACCAAUGACAAAGGACCCCGUUGAUAAAGUUUCUGACUACCGUGCGUCCAGAAGAGAGCAUGACAGAUCCAAGAAAUUAAGACCUGAAGAACGCGUUAAGGACAGUUCAAAGAAGAAAGAAGACACCAUUUCUAGCUCUAGAGAAGAAAAAUCGAUGAAAGACGAUCCUGUAGGAGCAGCUCAAUUACUGAGUAACGAUCUUGUUGAGAAGGUUUCUGACUAUCAUGAGUCUAAAAGAGGGUAUCAUAGAUCUGAGAAACUGAGGCGUGAAGAAGAUGACAAGGACAGGUUAAGAAAGAAGGUGGACGCCAUUUCUAGUUGUAGAGAAGAAAAACUAGAUAAACCAACAAAAGAGGAGGAGCCUGCUGGGCAUAGAAAACGGAAGGCAGAAGGAGAGGGUUCUAGAACCAAAGAAAAAAUAGUGGAAGAACAUAGUAAGGAUAGACGAAUAAAGAAAGAAGAAACUAAUUCUAGUUUUAGGGAGGAAAGACCAGAUAAAAAGAUGAAGAAGGAAGACCUUGCUGCAAACAGAAAAAUAAGGGUUGAAGAAGAAUUUCCUACAACUGAAACGAAAACAAGGGCAUAUAGAGAUGGGCGUGGUGUGGAUACCAGAAUGAAGGCAAACAGAGAAAGACCUGCUGAAAAACAGAUUCAUCCACAGGAUGCAAGCCGGGAACAAGGAAGAAAUGCUCUUGAAAAUUCAGCUGGUAGUAGGAAGCGUCUUAGAAGUCUAGUGGUGGCAGAUAUACCUCGAAAUGAAAAUAGUACGAAACCUGACAGUGGAAACAAGAGAAAGAAUCAAAAUGGAGACCAUAUGACUAAUAGGGAGAGAGAUGUGUCAAGGAGGCAUGAUCCAACAAAAGUUCACGCUGUUGAAGUUUCUGAGCGAUCGGAGAAAAGGGAACAGCCCAAAUCGGAUCGACGUGACAUGAGAGAGAGAAGGAGAUCAAGAAGUCGAGAUCAUGGUGGGCAGGAACGGCAGAAAAGGUCAUCUCCAUUACCAAAGGCUGAAAAGGCUACAUCGCGUCAUAAAAGAGGCCAUGAGGACCGCUCCGAAAAUACUGUUAAGGAUAGGGCAGGAAAGCAUCAUUUUAAUGAUAAUGAUAACAAAUCUAGACGGUAUAGUUCUUCCAAAAGUGAACUUGGUGGAUACUCACCGCGAAAAAGAAGGGAGGACGCCUCUGUCAAGGCUGCUUCUCCAUCUAAUCUUCCUUCAGAGAAAAAAGUUGCUAAAUGGGAUCUUCCACCAACUGUAACUGCUGGCAUGUUCUCGAACUCAGGUUUUUCUGGUCUCCAACCAGCCACUCAGACAGCAUAUCCUACCAUGAGCGAGGUUUCCUUGACGCUUUUGAAGCCACAAAUAGAGGCAUCUUUCAGGACGCCACCAGCAAGGCAGACCACUUCAAUUGAUUCUGUUCAACUGACCGAAUCCACCAGGCGUAUGAGGAGACUUUACGCAGAAAAUGUGCCAGAUUCGGCCUCUGAGAAGUCUCUGAUUGAAUGCUUCAAUGGUUAUAUGCUAUCUUCAGGUUCCAAUCACAUAAAAGGAAGCGAACCAUGUAUAAGUUGUAUUAUAAACAAAGAAAAGAGUCAGGCGCUAGUUGAGUUCCUUACACCACAGGAUGCUUCUGCUGCACUCUCCUUGGAUGGCUGCUCCUUUGCGGGUUCGAACCUCAAAAUUCGACGCCCUAAAGACUAUGUCAAGACAACAAUACGCAGAUUACCUUUGCAUAAAGCUAUCAUUAAUGAGAUGUGGAGCCCUAACAAGAGCGGUGAAUUGGAGAAAAAGGAGCCAGCCACAAAUGCACUAAGUGACAAUGUGGAGGACUCAUCGAACAAGAUCUUUAUUGGUGGAUUUCCAAAAGCAAUUUCAUCCGAAAUGCUAAAGGAGAUUGUCAGUGUCUUUGGACCUUUAAAUGCAUACCGGUUCGUGAUCAACAAUGAUCUCAAUCAGCGAUGCGCUUUCCUAGAGUACAUUGAUGGAUCUGUUACCCCCAAAGCUUGUGCCGGCCUUAAUGGUAUGAAGUUAGGUGGCAGUGUAAUAACUGCCGUUUGUGCACUUCCUGAUUCGUCAUCUGUAGCGUCUGAUGAGAAUCCACCAUUCUAUGGGAUACCUGAGCAUGCAAAACCACUUCUUGGCAAACCUAAGCAUAUCCUAAAGCUUAAGAACUUGGUUGACCCAGAAGAUCUGCCAUUGCUGUCUGUGCCAGAAAUGAAAGAAAUUCUGGAGGAUGUACGGCUCGAAUGUGCCAGGUUUGGUGUUAUUAAGUCGAUAAACAUCGUGAAACAUGAGAGCAAAGAUAUUAGUGGCUCAAACACAGAUGCAUCGUUGAACCAAGAAUCUAAAGAAAUGAAUGUGUCAGUGAUUCAGGAGAAAGACGAGAUAUCCGAGAAAGUGGAUGACACUGCAGAUAAUGUAGAUUCUGGAGAAGUUGUAAGGUCAGACAGUUCGACGGGUGCAGACAAGUUUUGUGAACCGUGCUCAGUUACUGCGCUUGAGACAAUCAGUCAAGCAAAUGAAGAUCGCGACUCUACCGAACAAGGAAAUUCUGAGAAGCUUGUCGGGGAAAGUGAGGCAGCGAUUCCGCAAGAAGAAGUAGGAUCAGCUCGUGCUCAAGACGAUGCAGAGAUUCCACAAGAAGAAGUAGGAUCAGCACGUGGUCAAGAUGACCCAGAGAUUCCGCAAGAAGACGUAGGAUCAGUUCGUGCACAAGAUGAGCCAGAGAAUCAGCUAGAAGUAGGAUCAGCUCGUGCCGUGAAGACGAGAUGGGAUAGUGGCGACAAGAUAGAGGAAGAACAAGACCCGGAGGAUGUCUUUGAGCCGGGCUGUAUCUUCAUUGAGUACGGAAGACCAGAAGCCACACGCGUUGCAGCUCAUUCCUUGCACGGACGGCUCUACGACAACAGGAUUGUGAAAGCGGAAUACGUUUCUAAAGAGCUUUACAAAAUCAGGUUCCCACGUGGGUAGAUAAAGAAUCCUCACCACAAGAAAAUGACUAGUAAUCUGAUUCUUCUUUAUUUUGGCAACAUACAUACCGUUUCAAACCGGGGUCAGAGACCGUUUGAAUUUCUUAACUCUUAUUGUGUCAACUUUAGAGUUAUUUUAAAGGAUAUAAAAAUUGAACACACUUGAAGAUAUCUCUUUAUAAUAAUUUAAGAUUGA